GCAAUAAUGGAAAAUCCAUCGAAUCAACUCAUCCAAGCUCAAUUGGAAGCCGCUGUGAAAUCAAUUCAUACUUUUCCAGAGUCCUCUGUCAAGAGUCAUAUUAUAGAGGAAAAAAAAAAAGUUUUUGAGAAUUUUUUUACAAAAUUUUCUAACUAUGAACGUGAAGAUGAGGAUAAAACUGACGAUAAAAUGAUAACAAUCGAUUCGUUAUUGGAAUUGUACAAGGUGGAACUAGGAUUGGACGAUCGAAACUUGUUUUCAAGUAAUGUUGGUAUGACUAUAACGGUUAAGGACAUAAAAAGGCUUAUCCCACCAAAUGAAUUGAAUGAUGAAGUAAGUUAUUAUUUUUAUUCCGAAAUUUCUAAAGUUCAACUUUUUAUGAAUCGUGUCAAAUUUUUUCGUUCAUCUAUCGCAUGUUGCAUUACAGCUUUAUAUUUUACCUCUCUAGAGAAAUCUCUCUCUACUUACCUCUUCUAUAAUUAA